AUGAUGAAGGGCUUUAAGAAUCGCCUUACGAGGAGCAAGAACCAGUCCUCGAGAAAAAGCGACAAGAAGGAGAAGGAGAAGGACGCGGCGAGCAAAGACCUUUCCCGUAAGUCCCUGCUGUCGUCGCUAUCCAACUCCAACAGCCACAAACCAACGAGCUCGUCGUCAUCCAUCAACUCCGCGGGUUCCAGCAGCCCCAAAAAGGAUUUCCUGCCGGCCCCUGACGCCAGCCUGCCUCCUCCGUCGUCCAGAGUAAACCAGGGCGCUGUAGAGCAGUUCAGUGUAUCUGCCGCUGGUCCCCUGUCCUCGCUCACACCGGGCGCUGCUGUGCUGCCUCUGACGCCGCCUCCUGCCGGUGCUCUGAGUCCGGAGUCUCCUAAGAUUGUGAUUAACGAGCCCGUUCAAACUAACCUUGCGAACACCACGCCGAUAACCCCAACCCCCAGCUCCCCGAUAGCCGGCAGCUCUUAUGCCAGUAUCCCCCACGAUAACCGCUUGGCCAGUCACUCGCAGCAGACGCAUCCCACGGCGUUGAAUCCGAAUAUCAGCUCGCCCAACAGAGACUCCUUCGAUAUUGACCUUAUUGUCACGCCUAAGAGACAUAGCUCCCUGCGCUUCGAGCCCACGACAAGUGAUAACCGUGAGAUCGUGAAGCUUCCCAACUUCGACGAGGUGUCUCCUGAGGAGCAAAUUUCACUUUUCAUCCAAAAGGUUGAUCAGUGUAAUAUUAUUUUCGACUUCAGUGAUCCCACCCACGAUAUCCGGGGCAAAGAGUUUAAGCGUGUCACUUUGCAGGAGUUGAUACAAUUUAUCAUUGGAAACCGCUUCAACUACACCGAUGAGAUGUACAAACACGUUAUUGAUAUGUUCAAGAAGAACUUGUUCCGUCCGAUUCCGCCCCCAGUCAAUCCUGUGGGGGAAAUCUACGAUCCGGAUGAAGAUGAGCCUGUAAGUGAGCUUGCCUGGCCACACAUGCAGCUGGUCUAUGAAUUCUUCUUGCGUUUUGUCGAGAGCCCUGACUUCCACCAUCAAGUUGCUAAACAGUACAUUGAUCACGACUUUAUCUUGCGAAUCUUGGAACUCUUCGAUAGUGAAGAUCCUAGAGAGCGUGAUUGUUUGAAAACUACUUUGCACAGAAUCUACGGUAAGUUUUUGAGUUUGCGGUCGUUUAUAAGAAAGUCCAUCAACAACGUCUUUUUGCAAUUUGUUUAUGAGACGGAGAGAUUCAAUGGUAUUGGGGAGCUUUUGGAGAUUUUGGGCUCCAUCAUCAAUGGUUUCGCUCUACCCUUGAAGGAGGAACACAAAAUUUUCUUGAUACGAGUCUUGAUGCCCCUUCAUAAGGUCAAAUCCUUGUCCUUGUACCACCCCCAGUUAGCAUACUGCAUUGUUCAAUUCUUGGAGAAAGAUCCAACCCUCACCGAGGACGUGAUCAUGGGCUUAUUAAAAUUCUGGCCCAAGAUCAACUCGCCCAAGGAAGUGAUGUUCUUGAAUGAGAUUGAGGACAUCUUCGAAGUUAUGGACCCAACAGAGUUUACCAAAAUCCAGAUACCUCUCUGUGCCCAGUUGCUGAAGUGCAUUUCAUCUUCGCAUUUCCAAGUGAGCGAGAAGGUGUUGAGUUUCUGGCAAAACGACUUCUUCUUGACCCUUGUUUCUGAGAACGCAGAGGUUGUUCUUCCAAUCAUAUUCUCUGCGUUGUAUGAAUUGACCAACGCUACUCAGCCGGGAAGCGCUAAUGGUCAGCUUCAACAGAAGCUUCUUGAGAAUCCAAACUCCCUUACUGACGCCAAUGGCAACCUUGUCGAUACAGGCUUGAUGCUCAAUGAAAAUUAUGAGAACAAUGGUCACGGUCACCAAAUUCAUGAGGGAAGUAACAUGGAGGAGUCUCAGAUGAUCAACGACAUGACAGAUGAAGAGUACUACGAUUCCUUCUCAACCCCACAGCAGAACAUGGACAUGGAUGAAUACGGAGCCAUUCCUCCACAUAACCUGGCCACCUCGAAUUGGAACAAGACUAUCCAUCUGCUAGUGUUCAGUGCCUUGAAAGUGUUCAUGGACCAUAAUCCUAUACUAUACGAUCAUUGCACGAUGCUAUACCAUCAGUCGCUCGAGGAGCUGAGAGCUCGUGAAGAGAGCAGAAAAGAAGGCUGGAGAAGAAUUGAAGAAUACGUGAAGAACUGCAAGCAGAAUGGCCAGCAGCCUGGCCCCAAAGACUCGCAGGUAAACGCUCAUUGA